UUGCCUAUGGGGGAACGCCUCUCUCUGUCACUCUAUAAAUGUCUUCUGCAGCCAAAAGGAGGCCUUCUGUGGCGCUGCUCCCUCCCUAGCUGUGAGACUCCAGCUAUUUCACCAUGAGACUUCUAGCCCUUUCCAGUCUGCUCUGCGUGCUGCUUCUCUGGUUCUGCAUUCUCUCCUCAGAAGGGAGGAGGCAUCCCCCCAAGUUCUCAAAAUCCAGGCUCUGCUGCUACCCUUUUCCUAGAUCCAAACAGCUAAACCGGAAAGCCUUGACUACGCAAGAAGUUGUCCUCACCGUGGGAAACCAAAACAGAAACUACACCAGGAUCUGCAGACUCUGCAAAAGCAAGCCACCAUCCAAGUCCUGGGUGGUACCCGGUGCUCUCCCACAGGUAUAGAGCACCUGAAGCAUAGCUGCCCCCUGAUGACCUUCAUGCCCAGCUGUGGAGACACCAGAAGACUUGAUUUGUCCCCUGCCAAUUUUCAUGGCACCAGUGAAUUGUAACACUGGGAGACUUCACUUCAGAGACCCAGGAACAUUCCAGAAUUCUCUACAUUCUGGUUCCAAUGGUACCACCAACCUUCAGAGUCACCAUGAUCUAGGCUCAGCCCACAUGUCUUCGUGGCUCCUGCAAAGUGAAAGUCAAAGAUUCCUCCUGUGGGAGCUACAACUCUAGAGAUUUCAAAGGUGGCCAGAGUACAGAAUAGCAAGACCUCUAUGUGAUCAGCCAGGAUUACAGCGUCUCAGGCACACACAGACAGUCCCAAAUUCCUAGCCUUUAACCAAUGGUCUCCGAACCAACUCCUGUAACUUCCUGAUGUUCAUCAUCAGGAGAGCAUCAAAAAUAAUAAAUUGGCAUACAUACUA